AUGGCACCCUCAAAGGACGGCGAAGGCUUUUCGUCCAACUCAACAGGUGAGGUCUUCAACGAGCUCGGAUGGAUGGUCCAGAAUGCCCGGGGAUACAGGAUCCACGAAGAACCAUAUAACACACCACGCAAGAUAAGAGUCAUCCACAUCGGUGCAGGUGCCUCGGGGAUCACGCUUUCCAAGUUUAUGGAAGACCGAUGUGAGAAUGUCGAGUUGCAGAUAUACGAGAAGAACAAGGAUGUCGGAGGAACGUGGCUCGAGAAUAGAUACCCUGGCUGUGCUUGCGACAUCCCCUCCGCCUCAUAUCAGUUCACCUGGGAAAGGAAUCCCUACUGGUCCCAGUAUUACUCCGAGUCGCCCGAGAUAUGGCAGUAUUUCAAGAACGUCGUCGACAAGCACGGUUUGAUCAAAUAUGUCAAACUCGAGCACACCGUGACGGGAGCGUAUUGGCAACCCGAGCAGGGCGUCUGGGAAGUGCAUGUGCGACGACCUGAUGGGACCGAGUUCGUGGAUACGUGCAAUGUCCUCGUCAAUGGCGGUGGGAUUCUGAACAAUUGGAAGUGGCCAGACAUCAAGGGCCUACAUUCCUUCAAGGGCAUCCUCGUGCACAGCGCCAACUACGAUCCCGAAAUCGAUUUGAACGGCAAGCGUGUUGCGGUGAUCGGAAUCGGGAGCAGCGGCAUCCAGAUUAUUUCGAAGAUUGCGUCGCAGGUGAAGCAACUGUAUGCUUGGGUGAGAUCGCCGACGUGGAUCACGGCUGGGUUUGCCCAGAAGUUUGCUGGGCCGGAUGGAGGAAACUUUCACUAUACUCCCGAACAACAAAAGCGAUUUGCGGAGAAUCCAGACCUGUUCCUGAGAUAUUCGAAGAUGAUCGAGUCCGAACUGAAUGUCAGAUUCAAGUUCAUUCUGAAUGGGACCAAGGAGGCCGAAGGUGCCAGAGAAUUCGCUCGAAAUGAAAUGAUGCAGAAGCUUGGCACGACAAACCCAGAUUUAUUGGAGGCGAUAAUACCCAAGAACUUCGGUGUGGGAUGCAGGAGGCCGACACCUGGAAACGGCUUUCUUGAAGCGCUGAACCAAGACAACGUCCGUGUCUUCAUCUCGCCGAUGAAAGAGAUAAACGCCAAUGGUUUUGUCGAUAGCGAGGGCCAGCAACAUGACGUGGACAUUAUCAUCUGUGCCACAGGGUUCAACACGAGCUGGAUCCCAAGAUUUCCUGUUGAAGCGAACGGGCACAGCAUCGCAAAGAUGUGGGCCAAGGAGGCCACAUCAUACAUUUCUCUUGGAGUUCCCUACAUGCCGAAUUAUUUUAUGAUGGGGGGACCUUACGGUCCACUUGGUCAUGGAUCUUUCCUACCCAUCAUUGAGACACUUGCCAGCAACAUCAUCCAGUGCAUCCAGAAGAUGCAGAAAGAUCGCAUAAAGAGUCUGACACCCAAACCUGAGAUUGCUGAGCAAUUCAGGGAACACGCACAACUAUUUCUGAAAAGAACAGCCUGGACCUCGGGAUGUAGUUCGUGGUUCAAGCAAGGAAGAGUCGACGGACCGCUGCCAAUGUUCCCCGCUUCUCGACUCGUGUAUAUGGACCUCCUGGCGGCUCCCAGAUUCGAGGACUACCAGAUUGAAUAUAUGAACUCAUUGAACAUGUUUGAGUUCCUGGGCAAUGGCUUUGCAACCCGAGAGUUUGAUGGACGCGACUUAUCGUAUUACUUGGGGCUGUUGGAUGGUGAUGAUCACCAAAUCGACCUCGAGGGGGCUCUUCAUGAUGAUCUCGCGGAACUGAAUCUGAUACAAAGCUGA